AUGCUAUGCCCAACUAUACCCCUGCUCUUCCGUUAUUUGUGUAUCAACCAUGCUAACCGACAACCAUGGGAUGUUCUUUCCAUCGCUAAGGGUCGCAUUGUAGAGUUUCUCGAAUCCUCUCCCCCAGCUCCAGUGGGAGUCCAUCUAGUGGCGUUGAAGUUCGCUCAAUGCAUAAUCUUGGUCCAGACACGGGGUGUUAGCGACCCUCGAUUGCAAAACAAAGUGGACCCAAACAUUUCGCUCAUCCCCUCAGAUCACCCAUUCAUUAAUGCUAUUGCCCUUGAAGCCGAGGGAACGCAAUUACUCACGCUCGUUAUGACAAUUCUUCAUAGUUCUUCAUAUGUGAUAUCAGUAUCCGCUGUCAUCAACUCCUUUGGCACACUUGCAAAGGCCCAUCCACAACUUCUCCAGUUUAUUAUUGAAGCCACCUCCAAAUGGAGUCCCGCUAAGUUAGCUGGUCAAUCCACUAUCUUCAUCGUCGAGUUGAAAUCUCUGAGAAUGUGUUCCUGCAGGUUAGAUGUUGGUCAGGCCUUUACCAUGGAUAUUCUGUGGCAGAAGCAGAAUGUAGACAAAGAGGGCUACAUCAAUGCCUUUCGUGUCUUGCACCCAAAAAUCUCCUGCACCUUGAAAGCCGAAUCCAGCCAUGCAACUGUGGCUACAUCAAAACCAUCAACCAAGGAAGCACCAUGGAAGUCCAAUGUGGAUGAUGAGGAGAUGGAAAGAGCUGAUUGUGUCCUUUCUACCCAGUCAGCAGAGGUGUUGGAGGUGGCUCAAACCAUUGACGAUUCCACUGAGGCCGACGAGCUAGCCCUUCAGCUACAAAGCACCGCAUUCGAUCCACCGCUGCCCCAAGAACUUGAUAUCAUACAGGCAGAAUCCUUCAUACACUCUGCAAGGUUCAUAUCUCAAAGACUGCCGGAACUAGGGGCGAGCAAUGAUGGAUUAUUGAGACCAAUACCAUCACACGAAAUGUGGAUUUUGCUGUUUGUGCAAACUGUCACAUGUGGUCAACGAAGUUCUAUCGGCACUCUGGCAAUGGGGGAUUCGGGCACACAAGGGAGGGAUAAGCAAGACAGUGCAGUCGACUAG